AUGAUGAUGAUGAUGAUGAUGAUGAUGAUGAUGAUGAUGAUGAUGAUGAUGAUGAUGAUGAUGAUGAUGAUGAUGAUGAUGAUGAUGAUGAUGAUGAUGAUGAUGAUGAUGAUGAUGAUGAUGAUGAUGAUGAUGAUGAUGAUGAUGAUGAUGAUGAUGAUGAUGAUGAUGAUGAUGAUGAUGAUGAUGAUGAUGAUGAUGAUGAUGAUGAUGAUGAUGAUGAUGAUGAUGAUGAUGAUGAUGAUGAUUGAUGAUGAUGAUGAUGAUGAUGAUGAUGAUGAUGAUGAUGAUGAUGAUGAUGAUGAUGAUGAUGAUGAUGAUGAUGAUGAUGAUGAUGAUGAUGAUGAUGAUGAUGAUGAUGAUGAUGAUGAUGAUGAUGAUGAUGAUGAUGAUGAUGAUGAUGAUGAUGAUGAUGAUGAUGAUGAUGAUGAUGAUGAUGAUGAUGAGGAUGAUGAUGAUGAUGAUGAUGUGAUGAUGAUGAUGAUGAUGAUGAUGAUGAUGAUGAUGAUGAUGAUGAUGAUGAUGAUGAUGAUGAUGAUGAUGAUGAUGAUGAUGAUGAUGAUGAUGAUGAUGAUGAUGAUGAUGAUGAUGAUGAUGAUGAUGAUGAUGAUGAUGAUGAUGAUGAUGAUGAUGAUGAUGAUGAUGAUGAUGAUGAUGAUGAUGAUGAUGAUGAUGAUGAUGAUGAUGAUGAUGAUGAUGAUGAUGAUGAUGAUGAUGAUGAUGAUGAUGAUGAUGAUGAUGAUGAUGAUGAUGAUGAUGAUGAUGAUGAUGAUGAUGAUGAUGAUGAUGAUGAUGAUGAUGAUGAUGAUGAUGAUGAUGAUGAUGAUGAUGAUGAUGAUGAUGAUGAUGAUGAUGAUGAUGAUGAUGAUGAUGAUGAUGAUGAUGAUGAUGAUGAUGAUGAUGAUGAUGAUGAUGAUGAUGAUGAUGAUGAUGAUGAUGAUGAUGAUGAUGAUGUGGAUGAUGAUGAUGAUGAUGGAUGAUGAUGAUGAUGAUGAUGAUGAUGAUGAUGAUGAUGAUGAUGAUGAUGAUGAUGAUGAUGAUGAUGAUGAUGAUGAUGAUGAUGAUGAUGAUGAUGAUGAUGAUGAUGAUGAUGAUGAUGAUGAUGAUGAUGAUGAUGAUGAUGAUGAUGAUGAUGAUGAUGAUGAUGAUGAUGAUGAUGAUGAUGAUGAUGAUGGGAUGAUGAUGAUGAUGAUGAUGUGA